AUGGUCACGGAGUCCUGGGGCCUUGGAUUGCAAAGACAACGACGACGACCCGGACAGAACAACACUGCUCCGCAGAUUGGGGUUGAGACCGGCAGAGACAAAGCGCUUCCUCCACCGCCUGACGAGGACGGAGGCAUUGGACUCGGCACGCCGAGUGCACAUGUAAACGGCCGUCGGGACAUAACGCCCCGCGCACAGAUACAGCGGGACAGAAACAUAACUCCGACGCCUCCCCUCCCAACAAUCACACCCCCCACACCGAUUGCACAGCGCAAACCAUCGAAAGAUAUCCGCAAGGUACGGAGCUCUGGCACUCUCAGAGACAUAUUCCCAGUUCAACCCCGGAGGAGCGAACACACAGACCGCGACCGCACAACGUCUUAUCCCGAGAUGCCCUCAAUCUUGUCUCCCCCACGCGGACGCCAAACAGCCCUAUCUUCCCCUUCCCUGAGCCAAACUGGUCGUACUCUAAGCCCCUCGGUCCCUCCUACACGUCAGACCAUGAUAUAUACUACUCGCUCCCAGCCCUGGCUCGACCGCGAGCAAGGUCACCUCGCAUGGGAAUCUAAUGCCGAGUUCGGCGGCCUUGCGCAGCCCGGCCCAGCUACAUCACAUUCCCUAGGCUCGCGCGACCAAAACCAGCACCGCGAACGUACCCGAAGACCGAGUGCUCCUGCCUCGCCCAACCUCAAAGGCAAGGCCAGAGAAAUCGAGCCCCUCCCUCAGGAUACAGCCAGUAGACGAUCUAUACUCGGCCGCCGCCCCUCGUUUUGGUCACGCAAGCCCAAGUCUAAACCCGAACUGGCGACUGCUACACUUGCGCCCAAUGUUUCCAGCCCUUCAUCUAAGCGGAGUCUGGAUGUUCCAAAAGCUGGAGCAGGGCCCAGUCGCUCAUCGACCAGUUUCGAGGACCUGAUGUCUCCGCGUUCGAGCACUUAUUCUCCCCGCACGGGCGCGAGCUCUCGCUCGAGCGUGCACAGAAUUAAUUCUCGACCAAGUAUCGACAAGCUCUCUGGGUUACACCACCAAUCCACAAACAACUCCCGCUUGACUCUACCCAGCCCUCGAGCGAGUGUUGAGUCCCGGACAAGCGUUGAUCUCACACUUCCGAACGUCAGGCCUACCAGCCCCUUGUUUACGGAAUUUGGAACAUAUCGUGCGAGUGUAGAUUUUGCGGCGGCUGGGGGGGCAAGCCUCGUGGCGCGGAGCAAACGAAUUAAAGGAGACGCACAAGUGAUAAUGGAAGGGGUCCCUACAACUGUCAGCCGCCCAGAAUCAUCUUCAUCUCAUCACCCGGCAGAAUCCGCUCCUAUAUCAAUACCAGGGACACAUACUCCACCCCGCCGUCGGAUGACAAACAACAGCAGUAUCGGGCGCGCUCAGUCAUGGCGGCGCAGCCUGGUUGAGAGCGCGCGGAAUCUAAUAGGUGGCUCAAAUGCAAGCCUUGAUGGCGGGGAGGAUAUCCUUUCGGGAUCACCAAUACAGGGGCUGGUUGGAUCACCUGCGCAAGGGUCACCUUUGGGGACUGCUUCGUCGUCGCCUGUCCCCUGGGUAAACAUAUCUACCAGCCCUCGCGCAUCUGGGUCAUCGCCUGUUCCACCUCUUGCUAUCGUUGCGCCCCCAUCAGCAGCACCGGUCGGCUCGUUACGCUCAAGGCAUGGCUCACCCAUUCCGACGGGCAUGAUGUCACCCACAACCGCCCAGCGUGUAACCUUUGGAGACAAUCCUCAACCUUCUCGAACCCGAACAGGGUCGAUAACCGCAGCAAUAUCUAAUUGGAGAGGGAAUUCGGGCGCUGAUGAUGAAGGCCGAGGGACCAGAACCGUUCGACGCGCCAAGUCCACAUCUCGACUUACAGCUACACUUGGUCCUACACGGCGGAGGUCGUUUUCUCUGUUUGGGCCAAGACCUGGGAGCGCGGGCCAGGCCCAGACUCAAGCACAAGUAGCACGGGAGCAAGAAAUGAAAGGGUCCGCACUCGGGCAUUCACAUCCUUCGGCUUUUGGACCCGCUACCGACCCGGCUCUGACGCUGACGCUGUCCCCACCGAUGUUAUCACCUGGCAGCGUGUUCGCAUCACCACAACCUAUGCCGCUAGAUGCGUUGUCUCCCGGGAUCCCGGGCACGCCUUUGACAGGGAGCCAACUCAGUCUGGGUGCCCCAGGGUGGGGUGGAUCUAGCAUCGGGCACAGUGGAGGCGGAUCUCAGUUUGGAUCUAAUACGAACGUAUCGGGUACAACUACCGCUGGGGCAAGUCGAGCGUCUUCCAUUCUGCUUCGGUCUCCUCUUCGUCCUAGGUCGAGCACGAACCCGCCCCUGCUUCGACGACUCAGCGGUGUAUUUGGAAGUGCGAACAGUGGGGGAUUCACAAGAGACAGGUCGGGUGAUAUGCUUAGUCCAGGGGGCAGGCCAGCCGAAAUAAACGGUGUUAAGCCAGGCGAGGGCUCGAAUUCGGGAUCCAGACCUGAGUCUUAUAAGAAGCUCAUGGUACGUGCGGAGGACGAUACACCCGUGGUCUUCCUUCAAAGGUUACUGGAAACCGUGAGCAAGAGCGAGAUUGCAAGUGCCAUUGCGAGCAAAAACGAUCCCUUCCACACCGCAGCACUCGCAUUGUUCAUGGAACGAUUUAAUUUUGUGUACGACCCGCUGGAUAUUGCCCUUCGUCGACUGUUAAUGGACCUGUCUUUACCCAAAGAAACGCAGCAAAUCGACCGAGUGAUGGAAGCGUUUGCGAAGCGCUACACGGAUUGCAACCCUGGACUGUUCGCCUCGGACGAUCAAGCUUAUGUUCUCGCGUUUAGCUUGAUGAUGUUGCAUACCGACGCCUUCAACAAGAACAACAAAAACAAAAUGACCAAGGUCGAUUAUGUGAAGAAUACUCGGAUGCCGGGUCUUCCGUCCGAGGUUCUUGACUACUUCUUUGAUAACAUUGUCUUUGCUCCAUUCAUUUUUAUCGAGGAUGCAACGGACGUAAAUGGCCAGCGCGGAUUCACAGAUAGGGUGACCAUGACUCCUGUGUUGGGUCCAACCAACUCUGGAUCGUUGUUGCCUACCAAACCAAAGAUUGACCCGUAUUACAUUAUCACUCAGAAUCUGCUUGAUCCACUGAGGGUACCUAUCGAAUCAUAUGUUCCUCAGGCUUCGCCGCUGAGGUACAAGGGAACAGCCGACAGGCUAGACGCGGUGCAGCUCCGUCGGGUCUUUGCAUCCAGUGUUCAGUUGGAAAUCGCUGGAACUGGGGCAGAAUCAGUUCGGAUCGGGGUGAACAAGUUUGGGCUCCUAUCGCGCAAAGAUGACCUCCUGGAAGGUGGACGCCGAGCUGCCAGUCGCAAGUGGCGUCGUUGGGCAGUGGUUCUCACUGGCUCACAGCUGCUUUUGUUCCGCGAGACGGCUUGGGCUUUGCUGGAUCCUCGACAGCCAUCGCCCGAAACAAGUUCAUUAAGGCCUGAAGAAGUUGUUUCCCUCAAAGAUGCGAUUGCAUUGUACGAUGCGAGCUAUGACAAGUAUACGCACGUGUUCAGGUUCAUCCUACCCACAGGGCGACAGCAACUUAUCCAGGCGGCCGAUGAGCAAGAUAUGAACGAAUGGAUCUCUCGUAUUAACUAUGCCAGCGCUCUCAGAUCCGCCGGAGUCCGUGUACGUGAAAUGACCAUGAACGCCGAAGAGACCCGUGCUACUGGUGUUGCUGCCGCGGUUUCCCAUGUGCGGGACCAACGGAGGGGCAAGGUCUCACCUCCAUCGUGGUCCAACGAGGAGCUCGACUCUACACAACAACCUGGGCCGAAGAUCAUGGAAAACCGAUCAGGACUGUCGUCAGAGGUCGAAUUGGAUGUGAUUGUCGAGUCGUCGGACGGAGGCAUGAAGGAUACCUUUGAUGAGAUUAAAGCCCAGUUGGCCAUUUCACAUCCCUUCCCCAUGGGCGGAUUAGCACCUCCUACGCCCGACAGACAUCAGGGGCAAAGCAGAGCUCGCGCACGAAUGACCACACGCGCUGAAGUCCUCCUUUCUAAAAUCAAGGAGCUCGAACAGAACAUCAACUCGGCGCAGACACUUCUCCAAAACGAGCUGCGCAUCGCCCGUAAUUUCGCGGUGUUGUCCCCGUUCCAACAAGCUACUCGGAAUAGGAUUCGACUCGCAGUCGAGGCGCUUGCAAGGCGUGUGCAGGCUGUUCGGAUGGAUAUAGCCAAGAUGGCUUGCCACCGUGACGUGCUCGCAGCAGAUUUGGCAGCUGAGGAAGAAGAGCGUGAACAAUUGCGUACGAUUGCUCUCGCAGCAGCCAGAGAACAGCUCUUGCUCACCGUCCCGCGCAUGAAGCUUUCGGUUUAUGAGGAUGUUGUAGAAGAGGAACCCGAACGUCGUCCCUCCCCUGCUGGGUCUGACGCAUCCGCAUCCGGCGCAUCUCCAGCCUGGUCUUUCCGCUCCACUACCGAUUAUCCAGACCCAAAUGAGGAUCCGACGCUCAUGGCCAAGCGUGAUACAUCGCUCACGACCCCCGAAAUGGAGAAUGAGCAACUAGCUCCUUCACCGAGAAAAUCCGAGGCAUCAUUACAACCCCGUCCAUCAUUUGCUGCAUCAGUGUCUUCCCGUAGCGGUAUCUCGUCCAGUGGCGAUAUAAACUUUACCCUGGCCGAGUCUGGGACUGCGGUCGCCGAAGAAACUGAAGAACAGGCCGAAGUCUGGCAUGCUACGCGAGCUGGACGACGUGUGAGCUUGGUUGAGCUCCCCCAACCAUCAGACAAGCUCAAACUUGCUCAACUCAUCCGCCAGCAUACGCAGUCUGAACAAGCGAUCAACGAGGGAGAUGGGCCCUCUUCUUAA